AUGGGUUGCUGCAUCAGCAAAUCCCAGACCCAAAACCAAAACCCAUAUCACCAAAAACAAUAUCUUACACCCUCUCUCCCCAACUCAAACCUUAACCAACAAAUACCACAGCGACAACCACCACCAGUGUUAGAGGAAGAGUCUGUGAAAGAGGUCCUAUCAGAAACACCCAUUGUCAAACGAAAUCAAGUUCCAAUUUUGAAGCCAGAAUCGGACACCCUUCUGCCUCCUCUUCAAAACCCUGAUGACAAAAUCGAAUCAAAGAACCCACAUCCCAUUCCCAACCCCAUUAUCAUCAACAAAAAAGAAGGUGAAGUCUCAGAGGUAGCGUCUCAGCUCUCAGAAGAACCAUGCAGCAUCAGCGGAAGCUUCUCCACCGCUACCACAGUUACGGAGAAGAGAGAAGAAGAAGUAACCAGCAAAAGAAGCAUCAGGGAGGGAACAACAACAAUGAAGUGGAACAGCAACAGAUCCCCGUCGAGGAAGCGCCCUCACGCCUGUGACGGCAAUGUCGCCUCCGGGAGAGAGCGGAGGCUCAAGUCUCCAGCAAGGAGGUCGGAGCCGUCGCCGGAGAAGAGGCUUCACGGUGGUUUAAGGCCGGUUCGCGGCAGGGAAUCGGGUUCGGCGGCGAACCGGAAGCUCAAUGUGGGAUCCGCCGGAGUCCGUCGAGACGCCGGCGAAGGAUCCGGCCGGCGGUCGAGGUCGCCAUCAUGUGCCAGGGCGAUUAGCACAGCGAGCAAGGCAGGCGCUAUUUCCGGUGGUCGGAAAGAGGUGCCAGCGGCGAAGGGUGCGGUGGAAAAAGUAGAGGAGAAAGGUGGUGACAGUGGUGAGAACAAGAGUGAGGAGACUGAGGAGAAAAACGACGUUGUUUUGCAGGAAGAGUCCAUUGAGAACCCACUUGUUUCCAUGGAGUGCUUUAUUUUUCUGUAG